GCUCCUGCGCUUCUUUGGUGAUAUGACACUAAUGUGCGACUGCUGUAUGUGUGUGUGGAAGGGAUGAAGUGACAGCAGCAGCAGCAGCAUUAUUCUGGAGACCUGCACUCUCUGUGUGAUGUGAGGGAGCCCUGGCCUCAUAACUGCAUUACACACGGACACACUGUAAUCUCUAUAUAGGCAGCUAAGUGUAAGAAGAGGAGCGUACCCGACAUGUGAAGACGUUCUCCAGCACUGAUCCGAUUUGGGAAAGGUUGCGUGCCGCAGAGCGACUAUUCUAUCGACGGGGGGGGGGAUCGCAGCAACCGUCAGACAUGAGUUUCCUGAUCGACUCCAUCCUAAUGGUCAUAUCCCAGCUGCUGUUCUUUGGCUGCGGUUGGCUGUUCUUCAUGCGUCAGUUAUUUAAAGACUAUGAGGUGCGGCAGUACGUCAUCCAGGUGGUCUUCUCCGUCACCUUCGCCUUCUCCUGCACUAUGUUUGAACUCAUCAUUUUUGAGAUCCUGGGCUUGUUAAAUAGCAGCUCUCGAUAUUUUCACUGGAAGCUGAACCUGUGCGUGAUUUUGCUGGUGCUGGUCUUUGUGGUACCGUUUUACAUUGGCUACUAUGUGGUGAGCAAUAUUCGACUGUUGCAUCGACAGAGGCUGCUCUUCGCCUGCUCCUUGUGGUUGACCUUUAUGUAUUUCUUCUGGAAGCUGGGUGACCCCUUUCCGAUACUGAGCCCCAAACAUGGGAUCCUGUCCAUUGAGCAGCUGAUCAGCAGGGUGGGAGUCAUCGGGGUGACGCUGAUGGCCUUGCUCUCCGGGUUUGGUGCUGUGAAUUGUCCCUACACAUAUAUGUCCUACUUCCUGAGGAAUGUGACGGAAGCCGACAUUCAGGCGCUGGAGAGGAGACUGCUGCAAGCUAUGGACAUGAUCGUCAGUAAGAAGAAGAGGAUAGCAAUGGUGCGGAGGAACAUGUUCCAGAGGGGAGAAGUACACAGCCGCCCCAGUGGAUUCUGGGGCAUGAUAAAGAGCGUGACGUCAUCCGCUCCUGGCAGUGAGAACCUGUCUCAGAUCCAGCAGGAGGUGGACGCUCUGGAAGAACUGAGCCGGCAGCUGUUCCUGGAGACCGCCGAUCUUCAUGCCACUAAGGAGCGUAUUGAAUAUUCUAAAACCUUCCAAGGAAAAUACUUCAAUUUCCUGGGCUACUUCUUCUCCAUCUACUGCGUUUGGAAAAUCUUUAUGGCUACAAUCAACAUAGUUUUCGACCGUGUCGGAAAGACCGAUCCAGUCACUAGAGGGAUUGAGAUCACCGUGAAUUACCUGGGCAUACAGUUCGACGUGAAGUUCUGGUCCCAGCACAUCUCCUUCAUCCUUGUGGGCAUCAUCAUCGUCACUUCCAUCAGAGGCUUGCUGAUCACUCUCACCAAGUUCUUCUACGCCAUCUCCAGCAACAAGUCUUCCAACGUGAUCGUCCUUCUGCUGGCCCAGAUCAUGGGCAUGUACUUUGUGUCCUCCGUGCUCCUGAUCCGGAUGAGCAUGCCUCUAGAAUACCGCACCAUCAUCACAGAGGUCUUAGGAGAGCUCCAGUUCAACUUCUACCACCGCUGGUUUGACGUCAUCUUCUUGGUCAGCGCCCUGUCCAGCAUCCUCUUCCUCUACCUGGCGCACAAGCAAGCCCCAGAGAAGCACAUGGCCUAUAACUCCUAAUCCUGACCACGUGGAGGGCCUACGGUGUGUUUCCCGGCGCGAGCAACAUCUGUUCUGCAGCCUGGUAUGGAGACCCAACCGGUGAAGAUAACCUGCGGGUUCCUGUAAUCUGGCUACAGUAUAGAGACUUUGCCGGAACGUCUGGUUUACACCACACACUUAGGGUCUCUGCAAAUAUGCUAUUGGCCACCAAGACUGGCUGCAACUUCCAAGCCUUAUCCCGGCCCCCAAAUAUUUCUACAAAGUUUUUUAAACUUUAGUUAGUACAAACACUUUGCUAUGCAGUGCCGCUGAGCCGGAAGAGUCCCGGAUGGGGAGGCAAGGAACACUGAAAUGACUUCUGGGAACUGACUUUAGAUGGCGUGAGAUGCCCUCCUUCUUUUAUGUCCAUUGGCUCAUGGAGUUGUCUCACUCGCUUUCACGUGAGGUCCACAGUGUUGGACCCAUCCUGCUAAUUACACCAGUCUCUCUUCAGGAUGGGGCUCUGGGGUGAAUUUCCCAUUGGCUUAAAAUUGCAAAAGCUGUAGCUCUGAGAUGAAACUGUAUUGUCACUAAGGUGCCUGGAACCACAGACCAUUAUUCCAUCAUCCGAAAUGGAUAAACACCCACCAAUGAGGGGUUUGCAAAUCAUAAAAUGCGUUGCUCCCAAUGGGCCAUCCGGAUGUUGAGUUCUGCUUUUACUGUGACACAUAAAGAUUUAACAAAUUAUAUAUAGUGCUCAUUAAUGACCUACAGUAUACAUUAAUUAUGGGCAAUAGUAAUUUUACUUCUAAUUUAAAUGCUGGGUUACUUGAAGGUUAUUUGAUCAUAUUUGUAGCAGAUUUGUUUUGUUAUUAAAUAAUUUUGUUUUA